AUGGCUAAUGAAUGCACAUCAGUCAAACUGCCUAGCAAAGACAUCCAGGUCCUGGAAGCCCAGAUUACUGAGAGAGACAACCUUGCUGCAGGGACAACUUUUGCAGUCAAGAGCUUGGAUCACAAGAACAUGACGGGUAUGGGGAUCUCAGAGGCAAGAUGUGAUGCUAGCAUUGCUAAACUUUCAUCAGAUGUUAGUGCUGGAUGGCAGGACAUCCUGAAACUCUAGUAGGAAGUGAAUAACACUCUGGAGCUGAAGCAGAAAGACAUGGAGCUCAGGCUGUCUCAGGAUGUAAGAAAACUAGAGGUGUCACUGUCAGAGAAGUUCAUUUCUGAGAGGAACGCCACUGGAGAUUUACAGAAGAAGAUCCAACGACAGGAUCUAAAGUAA